AUGGCGAAUUCAGUAGAAAGGGCGCUUCCACCUCUAGAUUUAACAGGGUCUUCCUCUCAGGUCGCGGAACGAUGGCGACAGUGGAAACGAUCGUAUCAGUAUUACAUCGAUGGCAAGGGAAUUACGAAUCCUUCUCGGAAAACAGCUCAGUUACUUCAUUUAGCAGGUAUGGAAGUACAAGAUAUUUACGAAGAUAUUCCAGAUCCUGGACCACUGAAUGCUAACGAGGAUAAUGAGUAUGUGGUGUGUCUGCGAAAGUUGGAUGCUCAUUUCCGAGCCGAGGACAAUGUACCGUACGAGCGUCAUGUCUUUCGUCAACUUACGCCGACAAAGGGAGAGACCGCCGAUAAGUUCAUGGUUCGUUUACGUAAACAAGCUCGUCAUUGUAAUUUUGGUCCAACUUUGGAAGAAAAUUUACGGGAUCAAUUGAUUGAAAAGUUGCCUAAUGUUGAGCUAAAGAAGAAGCUAUUGGAAGUCGUUAAUAUUACUCUGCAAGCAGCAAUGGAUAAAGUUCGAAAGUGGGAAGCCUCACACGAGCAGGCAGGUCAAAUGGUCAUGCCAAGCCAAGAACCUGGAGCAGGUACUCAUGCAGUUGAAGAACGUCCUGGGCGUGGAGACAAAGGGAAAAGCGUUUGUUUCAACUGUGGUAAAGAAGGUCAUUUUGCCCAAAGUACAAAUUGUCCCGCCCGAGGUCGCAAGUGCAGCAAGUGUGGUAAAUAUAGUCAUUAUGCCAGCUGUUGCAAAGGGGGAAGGAACUCGAAGCCUGGAAAACAAGGUAACAACCAACAACGGGGAGGCAGACAGCAGCGUCAUGGUAAGGGGAGACAGGCAAAUCAUGUUGAGGGUCAUUGUAACGAGUCAGGUGAGGAUGACAGUUUUGCUUUUACUAUAGAAGAACAGACAUGUGCUAUGUCAAAUUCCUCUGAACCCGUUAUCUCAGUGAAGAUUGGUGGAAUCAGCAGAGAUGUGUUGAUUGAUUCAGGUUCUGCAAGUAACCUCAUUAGUAAAGAUACACUGCAGGAACUUAAGUAUCAGGGGCUCAAGAUUGAAUUAAAACCUUGUCUGAAGAGAUUGUAUGCUUAUGGGGGUCGAGAGCUUAAAAUUGAGGGCCAGUUUCAGACAGAAGUUUCCGUACCCAAAGCAAAGGUUGUGGCAGAUUUCAUUGUUGUUGAAUCCGGGCGUUGUUUGCUGGGAUAUUCGUCCGCCACAGAUCUUGGAAUCCUUCGUGUGGAUCUCUCGGGAACUCUUGGGACAGGAGACUGUAACACUGUUGAUGGUACCUUCGUGGGAGGACUCAAAGCAAAAUACCCCAGUGUAUUCCAGGGAAUUGGAAAGCUUAAAGAUUAUCAGUUGAAGCUACACAUUGACCCCAGUGUAACUCCAGUCGUUCAAAAAAUGCGACGAGUACCUUUUUCUGUAAAGGAAAAAGUAACUGCCAAGGUUAACGAACUCCUUGAAAAGGACAUAAUUGAGAAAGUCGAGGGGCCUACGGUGUGGGUAAGCCCAGUCGUUGUUGCUCCUAAACCGUCCGGGGACAUAAGGUUGUGUGUCGACAUGCGGAGAGCCAACGAGGCCAUUAUUCGGGAAAGAUUGCCCAUACCAACCAUAGAUGAAGUCCUUGAAAGUCUUAAUGGGAGUGGUGUUUUCUCGAAGUUAGAUUUAAGGUGGGGUUUUCACCAAAUUGAGCUGGAUCCUGAUUCAAGGGAUAUCACUGCUUUUGCCACCCAUGAUGGUAUAUUCCGCUACAAACGUUUGAGUUUCGGUGUAAAUGCCGCACCAGAGAAGUACCAGCAUAUCAUCACCCAGUCAAUGGCAGGUCUACAAGGGGUGUCAAACAUAGCAGAUGAUCUUAUCGUUCAUGGUCGAGACACUGAAGAACAUGAUAAGAACUUACACAGUGUGUUGCAACGUCUUAGUGAGAAGCAGCUGACUUUGAAUGCUGAAAAAUGCACUUUCCGAAUGACUAAAGUGGUAUUCAUGGGUCUUUUGCUGAGUAAGCAUGGCAUCGGCCCAACGGAGGAAAAAGUCAGAGCAGUUGCAGAGGCAAGUCAGCCUCAGACACCCUCAGAAGUCCGUAGCUUCUUGGGGCUCGUUGGAUUCAGUGCCAAUUUUAUACCCGAUUUUGCUACCACUGCUGAUCCCCUCAGAAAACUUGCAAGAAAAGGGGAACCGUUCGUUUGGGGCAAGGAGCAGGAGCAGUCGUUUCAGAGAUUGAAGAGUCAAGUUGCAAGUGCACCAGUCCUAGCUUACUUCGAUAAGGACACACCCACCCGUGUUAUUGCUGAUGCAAGUCCUGUUGGACUUGGCGCCGUGCUGGUGCAAGAAAAGAAUGGGGAAAGCCGUGCCAUCUGUUAUGCUAGUCGUAGUUUGAGUCAAGUGGAGCGUCGUUAUAGUCAGACAGAAAAGGAAGUACUAGCCUUAGUCUGGGCUUGUGAACGCUUCCACCUCUACUUGUACGGGCUUCCACAGUUUGAUCUGGUGACAGACCAUGAAGCACUGAAAGUCAUCUAUUCCAGGAAGUCUAAACCUUCAGCCAGAAUAGAGCGCUGGGUUCUGCGUUUACAACCGUACAACUAUCAAGUUUGCUAUGUGCCUUCAAGAAAAAACAUCGCAGAUGCCCUUUCCCGACUGACGAAGAUACCGGCGUCAGACAAUUCCGCGGAAGAUGAUGGAUAUAUACGCGCGAUAGCUCUACAUGCUGUCCCCGCUGCAUUGAGAAUCAAAGAGAUUGAACAAGUCUCAGCACAAGACUCUGAGUUGCAAGCACUCAGAAAUUGUCUCAUCGAAGGGAAAUGGGACAAUGCCCCAAAGCAGUAUUUGCCAGUGCGCAAUGAGUUGACUUUUAUUGGCCAUGUAAUUCUCCGGGGGACAAGAAUUGUUAUACCCCAAGCACUUCGCAAGAGAGUCGUUAGUUUGGCACACGAGGGGCACCAAGGAGUCACAAAGACAAAGGAGAGACUUAGAACAAAAGUCUGGUGGCUUGCUAUGGAUCGUGAUGCCGAGAAAAGAUGUGCAGAGUGUUACGGGUGCCAGAUGGUUACAAAGAACGUUCCACCCCCACCAUUGAAGUCAACACCGUUACCCAACAAACCAUGGGAAGAAGUAGCUGUGGAUCUAAUGGGUCCGUUACCUUCUGGAGAACACUUGUUAGUUCUCGUUGAUUAUUACAGCCGGUGGAUAGAAGUUGAUGUUAUCCGAACAACUUCCAGCAAAACCAUCAUUCAUUGCUUGGAUGCCCAAUUUGCAAGACAUGGGUUGCCUAAAGGUCUGCGUACCGACAAUGGCUCAAAUCUUGUAUCCAAAGAAGUAGAAGAUUACCUGAAUGAAAUGGGGAUUGAACACCGUUACACAACACCUCUAUGGCCAAGAGCUAAUGGCGAGGUAGAGAGGCAAAACAGGUCGCUUCUUAAGUCCAUGAGAGCAGCCCAUGCAGAAGGACAGAAUUGGAGAGAGGAACUAAACAGGUUUCUUUUGGCGUACAGGUCCACGCCACAUUCAACCACAGGAAAGAGUCCCGCCGAGUUAUUGUUUAGGAGAAAGCUAACAACUAAAAUGCCUGAGCUAGUCAACGUUGAAGAGGAGGAGCUAGAAGUGAGCGACCAAGCCGUUCGUGAUCGGGACAAUCAGAGAAAGCAGUUUAACAAGGACUAUGUGGACAAGAAGUUCCAUGCCAGAGAUCGAAAUAAGAAAGAAGGAGACAGUGUUCUGCUUGAGAAGAAGAAAGAAAAUAAGCUGUCACCUUGCUAUGAGAAGGAACCAUAUCAGGUGAUAUCUCGUUAUGGGGACCAGGUGGUGUUGCGAUCGCCUCAAGGUGUCCAGUACAAACGCAGCCUUCAGCAUAUUAAGUCCUUUAAUAUGCCAGAUCCAGAAGAACAGGAAACGCCACAACAGGACGCUAAACCACGGACUGAACCUAAGUCAUUUGAGACGCCACCUGUGGCAGAGGAUCAAGUACCAAUGGCUGAAUCACCACCAGAAGAUGUACCUUCUACUGUACCUACAGCUGAGCCGCAUGUGAGAAGAUCCGGCAGAAUUACGAGCCGUCCAAAGGCUCUGAGUGACUACGUUCUGUACUAA